UUCCUGCGUUUCGCAACGUUUUACAUCUUCUAUUAAUGAUUUAACGGAACAUAUUUAAAAAGUAAUGACGCGUUUCCGUUACACCAUAUACAUCCGCACAAUUUUUUUGGAACGCACUUGAUAUAGACAUGUAUUUAACCUUCUUCUUUGCAAGUGGUACAAGCGUACGAAAUGCGUACCAAACGCAAAAUAAAUAGGUUUCACAAUUUUGCAUUUGCGUGUCUACUUUUGACCAUAUAUGUAGAUGCGGAGGUUUACUAAGAAAAUAUAAAACCGGCCAAAAUUUGUGACCACGUUUGAUAUCUGGAAACUGAUACACAACACAGGACGGAGGUAUGACGUAAGCAAAGUCAUGAUAUUUACUCUCGUGUGUCGUCAUUUGACUUGUUGAACCAGGUUACGUCACCGCGCACAUUAUUUUCGAGAAAUGUUUAUUGACGUUCGGCACGAAACUCGCAUUUUAUCAACCUCGCCUUACCUCAGCGUGACAAUACAUUCAUGAUGUUGCACAAGCGCGAGGAAUGACCGAACACCUUACAAAACUAUCGAAAAAGGCGAGCGCAGAAUCUUGAAAAAUUUAUGGAGUUUCCAGAUUCUAAAAAUACACCAUUAGCAAACGCAACUGGUAAGCAUGCAAGGUUUCCUGCCGGUAAUUGUUUUCGGCAUUGCGCAGUUUAUAGAGUUUGUGCGUAUUUGGAAACAGCUUCCGAAAAUCUGAGUCAUUACAUCACAUAGAAGCAUAAUCUUUAAAAAUACAAGGGUGGAAAUGAUUAUGAGAAAAUUAGAGUUAACAUGAAAAAAUCAAACGCCCUUCCGGUUUAGGUAGCUCAGCACUCGUAUAUAAACCCGGCGAAAAAUAUGGGAAGACAAAAAAUUCGAAACGAAGAUCAGAAAUCAAAGAUCAAAAGAAAAGAUAAAAUUAAACUUACAAUAUGUGUUUCAAACAAGUGUUAUUCUAUAUUUGUGUUGCUCUUCUACUUCAAUACAAAACAGCCGAAGCAAGUAAGAAAUAUAAACUGUACAGAAAUAAAUAAAAAAUUGUAUGCUGCUAAACAGUAUGUUUUAAUUAUUGCAUGUUCUGUAUUUUUUCCUGAUUUUCAAAAAAUAGAUCUUAAACAUUUUAACAUUACAGGCGAGUGUGUGGAUAGAAAUGUUCACUGUUCGACAUGGAAGAAUUCCUGUUCGCAGUUUGCAGUAUUAAGAACUUAUUGCCCAGUUACAUGCGGCACAUGCAACACAGAUUCGUGUAAUGUCUCCAAUGGUGGUUGCGAGCAUACAUGCGAUGAUACGUUUGGGUUGGCUGUAUGUUCAUGCCGCUCAGGUUUUCAACUUAACGAUGACAACAAAACUUGUAGAGACAUUGACGAAUGCAGCUUAGGUGAGAACCCAUGCGGUGAACUGAAAUGUCAAAACAAAAUUGGUUCAUACUUCUGCAAACCACGUGACUGUGGUGUGGUUUCUGAAAGAGCGACCCCAGUAGAAGACAUGCAUGACUGGCCAUGGAUGGUCCAGAUAUUAGUAAGCGGUGGACACAGUUGUGGUGCAACUUUACUUUCAAGUCGGUGGAUAAUUACUUCAAAUAACUGCGUGCACGGAGUACAACAUGCUUCUAUCAUUAUUUAUCUUGGGCAUGAAAAGAAUGCACUUAACCAUAGUCUCACUGACUCGCCGCAUCGAGUGUACAGAACAGUCAACCAGAUUAUUUCACACGACCUGGCUACAAGGUACAAUAACUCGGUCGCUUUAAUUAAACUAAACGAAGCCGUUGAAAUUAACGAAUACGUCAAACCGAUCUGUCUCUCUGGUGGAGAACGGCCGCAAGUUGGCGCUAAGUGUUGGGGAACUGGUUUCGGUUUUGCAGAUGAAAACAGCGUCGAGCCGUCAAAUGUGUUAAAAGAAGUUGACUUGCCCAUCGUUGAUAUCGACGUAUGUCGUAGAUCCUAUACCAACACCGCAUAUUCUGUUGAUAGAAACAAUAUGAUGUGCGCUGGGUAUAUUCAAGGCGGAAAGGACUUGUGUUACGGUGAUAUGGGAGGCCCAUUAAUGUGUCAACGUGAGAACAGUUGUGAUUUUUACAUAUCUGGUAUCACCCAGUUCGGAAGGGGUUGCGGGCGUCCAGGGAAUUACGGAGCAUAUACCAACGUCGCAUUUUAUGAAGACUGGAUUCGCACGAGUUUGGGAGAAGACGCAAGCGAACUAUGUUAAAUUUUAUACAAGCACUUUUUAAAGAUCAUAUUUUUAUAUGUAAAAUAUUUUGUAUAAUUUUCUAUAUACAUAUUUUAUAGAAAUGUAAAUUCAUAUUCAUGCAUUUUAUAUUACCUUUAGCGACUUUAGCUAUAUGUUAUAUUCAAAUGUUCAAAUUUUAUAUUAUAAAUUUUAAUAAAUUUGCUGUUAAU